AUGGCUCAAUCUGACAUCCAGAUACAGGAUAUAAUCCUUAGAGGAACUGAUGGUAAAUUUCAAAUUCCCUCAAUUGUCAUUCAGAUGUCCUAUGAAGUCAUUUGUGCUUGUACAUGUUUGAUUAGUGUUUUUAUUGGGGCCCGAGGCGGAGUGAGCCGUGGAGCAAUCGGAGGACGGAUGGGAGGCCGGGGUGCUGGAGCGGUUGGAGGCGGGGGUCCUCUGAGGACGCGACCGAUUCUCAAUAGGGGAGGGAGGAAUCGUCCAGCUCCUUAUAGUCGGCUGAAACAGCUUCCCGACAAGUGGCAACAUGAUCUAUUUGAUAGUGGCUUUGGGACUGGUGCUGGCAUGGAAACUGGAGGGAAACUUCUUGUGUCAAAUCUAGACUUUGGUGUAUCUGAUGCAGACAUUCAGGAACUUUUUGCAGAAUUUGGCACUCUGAAGAAAGCGGCUGUACACUAUGACAGGUCUGGAAGGAGUUUAGGGACUGCAGAUGUGCAUUUUGAGAGGAAGGCGGAUGCACUCAAAGCCAUGAAGCAGUAUAAUGGUGUUCCUCUGGACGGACGGCCCAUGAACAUCCAGUUGGUCACAUCACAGAUAGAAGCACAGAGAAGACCACCAGUACAAAGUUUAAGCAGGGGAGGACUGACUCGGCCGCGUGGGGGACAAGUUGGGUUUAGCGCUGGAAACAGACGAGGGGGCAGAGGUGGAAAUAGAGGUCGUGGACGGGGAACUGGGAGAAACACAAAGCAACUUUCUGCAGAAGAGCUGGAUGCUCAGCUUGAUGCCUACAAUGCCCGGAUGGAUACCAGCUAAUCUCCUUACAUUCCUGUGCUUUCACUGGCUCUGGAAAUGGAUUCUUUCUACAGAACAAUUGUUUUGCUUUUAAUUUCAUAUAGGUUUUAAACUCAUGUAAAGUUACUUUUUUUUUUUCUCCUUUUUUAAUUCCAAAGCAGAUCUGUUUUGUACGAAGUUAUUUUUGGGAUACAUUUUACUGGUUGUGUUCUGGGUAGGGGGUUAAACACCUUCCUCCUAAUAAAAAAAACAAAUGUUUGUUAAAAAAAAAAAAAAAAAAAAAAA